CCCUCUCUUCUUCCUUCUUUUUUUUGUUAAAAAAAUCAACUUACAAGAUGGCCCACGCUAACGUCUGGAACGCUCACCCCCGCUCGAACGGCAAGGGAUCUCGUCAGUGCCGUGUCUGCGCUCACCGUGCUGGUUUGAUCCGCAAGUACAACAUCAACAUUUGCCGUCAGUGCUUCCGCGAGUACGCCAGUGAUAUUGGCUUCAACAAGUACCGUUAAUCGGUUCAUGGUCUCUCGCUAUUCUAGCCUGUUCCCACCUCUUCUAUCUCUCCUCAUCUCCUGCCCUUAGGUGUGGGUUAAGAAAAGCAUGGGUUUAAUUCUUCUUCUUUUUUUUUAACUUUUUUUUUCUUUCUCUAUUAAAAAAAAAAGGGUUGUGGGUUUACUAUCUUACAAGCCAAUUUUUUCUUCUAGAUUUUUUUAAAAAAAAUCAAAAAUAUUAAAAUAUAUAAAAACCAAAAUCGAAAUU